GUCCUGCUGCCGCCGCUGUGGGCUGAGGAACCGAGGAGAUGAGCUGGUUCAACGCCUCGCAGCUCUCCAGCUUCGCCAAGCAGGCCCUGUCCCAGGCCCAGAAGUCCAUCGACAGGGUCCUGGACAUCCAGGACGAGGAGCCGAGCGCCUGGGCCGACACCAUCCCGUUCGGAGAGCCGGGAAUAAGCCCCUCUGUCACUGGAGGAUGGGACACUUUGACUUGGGGAUUAAAAUCAAGCAAAGAACCUCAAAGUCAACCAGUAGAUACUCCUCAAGCAAUUACAAAGCCAGUUCGGAGAACUGUGGUAGAUGAAUCUGAAAAUUUCUUCAGUGCCUUUCUUUCUUCAACGGAUGUCCAGCCCAUUCAAAAGAGUCCAGUAGUGUCAAAACCGCCAGCUAAAUCACAGCGUCCAGAGGAAGAAGUGAAAAGUUCCUUACAGGAAUCCCUGCAUGAAGAAGAAUCGAAAACAACCGAAACAACUGAGUCGACAGUACAAGAUUUUUCAUGUGUAUCAGGGGAAGAAACUCCGGCAGUAGAUGCUCUGCCCUCUAAAAAUGACAAUAACUAUGAAGAAAUGGUUAAUAAAGAAUCCGAUAUGAAAGUGCCAACAGUAAAUUUGAAAGUGUCUGAAAGUGUAAUUAAUGUGAAAGGAACUAAGGAAGAUGCAUCCAGUAUGCCUAUGCAAACUCUCACCACUGAAACCAAGGACAUAACUCUGGAACCUAAAGAACAGAAACAUGAAGACAGACAAAGCAACACACCUUCUCCUCCUGUUAGUACUUUUUCAUCAGGCACUUCUACCACCAGUGAUAUUGAAGUGUUAGAUCAUGAAAGUGUCAUAAGUGAGAGCUCAGCAAGUUCUAGACAGGAAACCACAGAUUCAAAAUCAAGCCUUCACUUGAUGCAGACAUCUUUUCAGCUUCUCUCAGCAUCUGCUUGUCCGGAAUAUAAUCGUUUAGAUGAUUUCCAGAAACUCACUGAAAGUUGCUGCUCGUCGGAUGCUUUUGAAAGAAUAGACUCGUUUAGUGUACAGUCAUUAGAUAGCCGUAGCGUAAGUGAAAUCAAUUCAGAUGAUGAAUUGCCAGGCAAGGGAUAUGCUUUAGCACCUAUCAUGGUUAAUUCUUCAACUCCAAAGACUAAAGUAGUUGAAUCUGUUGAAGGAAAAUCUGAGCAAGUAAAUGAAUCCUUAAGUAUACCCGCUGAGGAAACAGAAAUGGAAGAAAGUGGACGAAGUGCAACCCCCGUUAACUGUGAACAGCCUGAUAUCUUGGUUCCUUCGACACCAAUAAAUGAAGAACAAACUUUGUUAGACAAGGUGACUGAGCAGAGUGAAGUUGCCGAAAAUCAGUUAGAAGUAUUUUCUGAGAAGGAAGAUAUUUGCAAGAAAGUUGAAUAUCUGAAUGAAAAACUAGAUAAAAGGGAAGCUCAGUUACUAUCGCUUAGUAAAGAAAAGGCUCUUCUAGAGGAAGCUUAUGAUAAUCUGAAAGAUGAAAUGUUCAGAAUGAAAGAAGAAAGCAGCAGCAUUUCUUCCUUGAAAGAUGAAUUUACUCAAAGAAUUGCAGAAGCAGAAAAGAAAGUUCAGCUAGCUUGCAAAGAAAGAGAUGUUGCUAAAAAGGAAGUAAAAAAUAUAAAAGAAGAACUUGCUACUAGAUUAAAUAGUAGUGAAACCGCAGACCUGAUGAAAGAGAAAGAUGAGCAGAUCCGAGGGCUAAUGGAAGAAGGAGAAAAACUUUCAAAACAGCAGUUGCAUAAUUCUAACAUCAUUAAGAAGUUAAGAGCUAAAGACAAAGAAAAUGAAAAUGUUAUUACAAAGCUGAACAAAAAAGUUAAAGAGCUAGAAGAAGAAUUGCAACAUUUAAGACAGGUUCUGGAUGGCAAAGAAGAAGUUGAGAAACAACAUAGAGAAAAUAUUAAAAAACUAAAUUCCCUGGUCGAACGCCAAGAAAAGGAUCUUGGUCGACUUCAGGUAGAUAUGGAUGAACUUGAAGAAAAGAACCGAAGUAUUCAGGCUGCUCUUGAUAAUGCUUACAAAGAACUGACUGAUCUCCACAAAGCUAAUGCUGCCAAAGAUAGCGAAGCACAGGAAGCUGCUCUGAGUCGUGAAAUGAAAGCUAAAGAGCAACUUUCUGCAGCACUAGAAAAGGCUCAAGAAGAAGCCCGCCUGCAGCAAGAAACAUUGGCCAUUCAGGUGAGAGACCUUAGACUGGCACUACAACGUGCAGAACAAACAGCAGCCAGAAAAGAGGAUUACCUACGUCAUGAGAUCAGUGAACUUCAGCAGAGACUACAAGAAGCAGAGAAUCGAAACCAGGAACUGAGUCAAAAUGUUUCAUCAACAACAAGACCACUGCUUCGCCAAAUAGAAAAUUUACAAGCAACUCUAGGCUCCCAGACUUCAUCGUGGGAGAAGUUAGAAAAGAAUCUUUCUGAUAGGCUUGGUGAAUCUCAGUCUUUGUUGGCAGCAGCAGUGGAAAGAGAACGUGCAGCUACAGAAGAACUUCUUGCCAACAAAACUCAGAUGUCUUCCAUGGAGUCACAGAAUUCUCUCUUAAGACAGGAAAACAGUAGAUUUCAGGCCCAACUAGAAUCCGAGAAAAAUAGACUAAGAAAAAUGGAGGAUGAAAAUAAUAGGUAUCAGGUUGAAUUAGAAAAUCUAAAAGAUGAAUAUGUAAGGACACUUGAAGAGACAAGGAAAGAAAAGACACUGCUGAAUAGUCAAUUAGAAAUGGAGAAAAUGAAAGUUGAACAAGAAAGAAAAAAAGCAAUUUUUACUCAAGAGGCUUUGAAAGAAAAGGAACGGAAACCAUUUUCUGUUUCUAGCACUCCCACACUUUCACGCUCAAGUUCAAUAAGUGGAGUAGAUAUGGCGGGGCUACAAACAUCUUUUCUAUCUCAGGAUGAGGCUCAAGAUCACUCAGUUGGAUCAAUGUCUUUAUCAGCAAAUGGAAACAAUCUCUACGAUGCUGUAAGGAUGGGGGCAGGAUCAAGCGUUAUUGAAAAUCUACAGUCUCAGCUAAAGCUCAGGGAAGGAGAAAUUACUCAUUUGCAGCUAGAGAUAAGCAAUUUAGAAAAAACUCGUUCAAUAAUGGCUGAAGAGCUAGUUAAAUUAACAAACCAAAAUGAUGAACUUGAAGAAAAAGUGAGGGAAAUACCCAAACUUCGAACUCAGCUAAGAGAUUUGGAUCAAAGGUACAACACUAUUCUGCAGAUGUAUGGAGAAAAAGCAGAAGAAGCAGAAGAACUUCGGUUAGAUCUUGAAGAUGUGAAAAAUAUGUAUAAGACUCAAAUAGAUGAACUUUUGAGACAAAGGCUCAGCUAAACUUCUGAAAAUUCCUAUCAAACUGAAUGUAAACAUUGAAUAUCUAAAUCUGGACCUCCAUUAAAUUCUUUUAUAGAAUUAGAAAGUGGAACCAAAUUAGAAUUCAAAAAUUGAAAAACAUUUAUAGUACAUAAUACUUGCAGUUAAAUUAUUUUAUGCAAUAUUUGAACUUUAUUUUUGAAACUUUUCUUUAAAGAUUUAUUUUUUAAAGCAUCCUUUUAUUUGCCUUGACUAGCACAGAUUUAUUACUUGAUCCUCAUCAGUACGAUUAAGGAAGAAGAAUGAUGUUUAUAUGUAUAUUAUAGACAUAGCUAAAUGUAUUUAUAAUUUAUGUUUGUAUAUAUGAGAGCAUUUAAUGAGUGAUAUUAACAUAUCAAAACUUUGAAAGGUUUUACAUCUAAAUAUUAAACAUAUCUAAUUACUACUCAUGAAAAUGGACAUUAAAUGUUCAAGUAAUAAAACUAAACCUUUUGACCUAA